AACGAGAGCUACACGAUGGAGUACAUCACACUCAAGUAAACAAUGCCUCAACAUUUUUCUUUGUCUCUUCUUCUCAUCUACUGAUGAGGCUUCCGCUUUCAGGGUUGCAAUUUUCAUUUUUAUCCCUACCUAACACCUCAGGAUUAGUCAGAAAGCAAGCCACGUCGACGACUCAGAAAAUGUCCCCGUCGGGUAUUCCAUCUCUGUAUGAGAUACUCCAGCUGGGAAUCCGCGCUACUGUACUUGUGGGGAGCCUCGCAGUCCUUGCGCUUAUGAUAUUCGUCAGAGUGAAAUUUGUCACAAUUGACACAUGGUCCAUUGCCGCAGUAUGCUGGUGCAUCUGCGUAGAUACAGCAGAAGUGUUCCGUUUACUGUCCACCGGACGUCGCACCAACGUUCCGUGGCUCUCCGUGACGGCGAUGAUCACUCUGGAUCUUAUAUCCGUGAUAUUCCUUACUGGUGCUAUUCUUGCGACGUUAUUUAGUGACCUAUCUCAUUCCAGGGUAGAGCGAACUCGAGCACAAAUAGGGUGGUGUUUGGUUGUGUUUUGGUGUCAGAUUGCGUUAGCGGGGUAUCACUUUAUGCUUGUGAUGCUGCACUGUUUUCAUCGAUGCAAGUAUGGAACAGAGCUGAGUUGAUGAGUACCUUUGUUGACCGGUUCGCUCAGCCUUUUUUUUUUUUUUGCUAUCAUCAUCACCAACAUCGCGUUUGUCUCUGUUAUAGAUAGCAGAUAUUACCAUACUAGGAGCUACUUUGAGUUGGUUGUGAGUAUCUCUAACAUCAAAGAAUGAAACUGCUUCUCCAAAAUC